AUUGUGCAGGAUAAGAGAGAUCCCUCAGAACACUUUUGUUUUGACGGUGAUAACAACAAACCAGUAUAUCGAACAUGUUUGAAUCAAUCGUGUUAUUCCUCGUCCUCGUUGGACCAUCCGUCCAAGGAUCCUUGGUGACUGGAACAAACAAACCCAAGUUCCAUCCCAUGGGACUGAUGGGACUUGGACGAGAUGAUACUGGCACUCAGGGUGGGACCUCUCAAUCUGUGCGGUGCUACUCGGGUCCCAACCAGUCUGGACAACAAAUUGAAAUCAACCAACAGAAUAUUGAAGACCUGAGCACAUUAAAUUUUGACAACUUGGCUGCAUCUUGUUGUUUCAACGGGGUCUGGUUGUUGUACGACGACAAAACAUACAACCAAGGACACUUUGACAGCCCGGCUUUCAGUGGUUGGGGAGAAGGAUUUUGCACAACUUUCGACACCACUUUUGCCGGCCUGGCGUCAUCCGUCCGAUAUUCUGGAGCCCCUGAUGGCUACAAAUUCGAUGUGCUCACCCUCUACGAAAGCAAUUACUUCAUGGGCAAAGAGCAGUACUUCUAUGACGAUGUCACCCAAUUUGAUUUUGACAAUUUUGGCGAAUCGGCCAUUGUGAAUGGUUGUUCAUCGUGGACGCUCUAUGCUGAGAAGAACUUCCAAGGAGAUUCAAUCUGCAUUUAUCCUGGAGAUCAAUCCAAUUGUUAUCCCGGAUUUUUUGCCAAUCCCAUCGACUUGGGGUCCCUUGGGAAUCGGGUGUCGAGUGCUAAGAGAGGAUGCUAUGCCACCGAAAAGCUCAUCCCUCCAGGGAUUUAACACCAACGCACCUUCGAAAUGUGUAAAAUAUAUUAAUAUUGCAACAUUCACAACAUGCUGGAAGUAUUAAAGUUAUUUUCAGGUGG